GCGUAUCCCAUUUCCCAACAAGCUCGUAGAUAGACGUAACGUUAGAAGGUGAUGUGAAGUAACUUAUGUUGUCUGCCACAACCAGAUAGCUAGCAGACUAACUGUGCAUUUUGGUAGAUACCUAAUUUUAAGGAGUUGGACAACGCUUUCCUAGCUAAUAUUAAUGAUUGAAAGAGAAAACAUCUCACCUAUUGCAUGACUAUAGAAAUUGAUGUUGAUUGUCAGCAAACUCAGUAUAACAGUUACCUAGUUAGCGUAGCUACUAGCUAGAUAAAGUUAGCUUAGACACUUGUAGAGCUAAUUUAGCUACUCGAGCUAGUUGCAAUGGAGUUGAGAAGUGGUUGUUUAAUUUAUUAUUAGCCAGUCAAAAACGCAUCAAACGUGAUGAAGGACCGGUUGGGUGAAUUAACCGAAAGCAGGACACAAGCAGAGGAGGAUGUCAGAGUCACAGUUGACAGUGAUGGAUUUAUGGAAGGGUUUUUCAGAAGGGUGGAAGAGGUUAGGGGGCUCAUUGAUAAGAUAUCUUCUGAAGUGGAGGAGGUGAGGAAGAACCACAGCAUGAUCCUGUCUGCACCCAAUACAGAUGAGAAGAUGAAAGAAGAACUUGACCGGUUGACCAAUGAGAUCAAAAGCGAUGCCAACUCUGUGCGAGUUAAGCUUAAAUCUAUGGAGCAGAGACUGCCCAAGGAUGAUGUUUCUAACAGGGCCUCGGUUGAUUUCCGCAUUCAGAAAACCCAGCACACGGUGGUCUCCAGGAAGUUUGUGGAAGUCAUGAGUCAGUACAACAAGACUCAAGUGUCGUUUAGGGAGAGAAGCAAAGGAAGGAUCCAGAGACAGCUGGAGAUAACUGGGAGAGUGACUAGCAACGAGGAACUGGAGGACAUGCUGGAGAGUGGCAACCCAUCCAUUUUCACAUCUGAUAUCAUCUCUGACUCUCAGGUCACGCGGCAGGCCUUGAAUGAGAUUGUGUCACGGCACCAGGAUAUCAUCCGCCUGGAGUCCAGCAUCAAGGAGCUCCAUGCCAUGUUUAUGGACAUGGCCAUGCUGGUGGAGAAUCAGGGGGAUAUGGUCAACAACAUAGAGAACAACGUCUCCAAUGCAGCUGAAUACAUAGGCCGUGCCAAAGAGGAGACCAAAAAAGCUGUGAGAUACCAGAAAAAAUCCCGGAGGAAAUGGUUCUGGCUUGCCAUUUGUGUGGCACUGGCUCUCCUCAUAGUCAUCAUUAUAGCAACAAUAUUUGACUGACCAUUGAGAGGCCCCACUGUUCAGAACAGCAGAUGAGUCUACAGCAGUUUCUCACACCUUUGGGGCCAAGUUCCAGUCAUCAUACCCUGCUCAAUGUUCAACUCCUCCUCCAACACCAAGACGGGCAUUUCACUUCUCAGAGGACAAUAGAUGCAGCUGUAUCCACCAUGUUAUUACAAUAUUACACCUCUUGACUCCAUAUAAUGGCUGAGUCAGUGGCCUUGGCUUACACAACUUCACAGAAGCCCCAGGGCUCCUAGGAAAACACUCCCUCUUUUUACUGUCUGUGCAAGUAACUACAAUGAAGUCUCUACAGGACUGCCAUAGGCUACAUGUCAACAAUGACUACCAUUGCAAACUACAUAGACACACAGACUCACCUCUACUUGCUGCCAUAAAGGCUAAUAGCACGUUACAUGGUAAGUAAGAGAGAUGUCACUUUCAAACUUUACUGAGCAGAAUGAUUUUUUAUCUACACCAUAAUUUAGACGCUUUAAAGCAAUUCAUUUCUAACUGUUAAAAUAUAACUUCAGUUUAUGUGAUUUUGUUCAAUUUAGUGUAACGACCAGAACAAGAUGAUUUCAUACAGCUUAGGUGUAAUGUUUUUUUCCUUGUGAUGAUCAUGACUAAAUGUGCCUUAAGAGAAACAAACACUAUAAUACUUAUUAAGUGUACUAAUUAAUACACUCCCAAUGAAAACUUUGAUUGGAAACCAUUUCACUGUUGGGAUGCAAUUUUUGUGUCUUGUUUUGACUACACCUAUUACUUUAGUCUGCACUUAGAUGUUUUAUUUAUUUAUAUGAUUUAUUUAAGUGUCUUACACCUACUGGUGCCCAGCCCACAUGGCCUUACAAGACACAACAGAACCAAAUAACAUUUGACAAAUUAUACAUAUCAUCCACAUACAAUAAUCCUGGCCAGUAUAGCUACCAUCUAGCCACUCUACACAAAAAGUUGAUAUCUCCUUUCCUGGCAUCGUGAACAAACUGAGCAAUCUCAAACACCAUGUCUGAAACCGAAUUCAAGCCUCUGCUCAUCGCGUAAAGAGAAAACUUCAGUUGUCACCAGAAUGUUACAAGAAAAGGAACACGUCUCAGAUUGUCAUACAGGUCAAUACAACACGAAAUGGAUUUUGUCUUUGAUUUCCCCGAGAUCACACAGUAUGAAAUCAUCUGAGCAAAUUGUCUCCUCUUCAGGCACUCUGUUAAAUCUACCUGACUCUAUAUCUACCUGACUCUAUAUCUACCUGACUCUAUAGCCAGAGGGAGGGUUUGAGUUGUGCACAAACUGACCUUUGGCGAACAAAUGAUUCAGGGGUGUAGUUCUCUUUGAUGAGAGUGUAUGUUUAAACUGCCCAUUUUUCCUUGUGGAUCAGCAAAAGCUUGUCCUUGAUUUGGUUAACACCACAUGGUAAUUUGUUCCUGAUUUGUUCCUUUGUAUGAACAGAUUGUUUGUAAUACACACUCCUGAGAUCUUUGUCUACUGAGUGUGGCGCUUUUGAUACAUAGGUAAUUUUGUUGUAGUAUCAUUUGAGUCAGAUCAACAUUGAGUCAGAUCUUUCUGCAGUUGAUACAGCUGGAAUAUUGUGUAGAUAAACAAUAAAUGUGUAAGUGAAUUAUCA